AUGCGCUUCCUUUCCCGUCCACUACUGAACAAGGUGGGUAGACGCUCAGCAUUAGAGCCUGCUGCUUCUGCUACUGUUUCUGCUGAGCCAGAGUGCCGAUCCUCAGUUCCGCUUCUCCGCUACCCCGUGAUGUCGCCGCGUGAAGAGAGAGUGAUGCGCCUCAGCGAGGAGGUGUUCUCCAAAGGUAACGUGCAUCUAAAGAAUGUCGAGGCCCUUUCUGCUCUACCAGAGGGACUGCACUCUUUCCCUGAGGUGUGCUUUAUUGGCAAGCCAAACGUCGGGAAAUCGACGAUCAUAUCAUGCUUGCUGCACAACCAUCGCUUGGGGCGUGCUGGAAGUACACGUGGAACCACGCGAUUGUUGCAGUUCUUCAACGUGGGAGAUGCGGUGCUUCUCGUGGACACUCCUGGGUACGGUGGCUGGAAGGGUCGACAUCUCUCGCAAAAUUUAGCUGACCGUGCGAGGGCCUUCGGUAUUCUUUUUCGUUAUUUGGCUCUCCGCAAGCGAGGGCCGCUGAAGCGUGUGUACUGGGUGAUGGAGGCAGCGAAGCCAAUCCAGCCAAGAGACGAGGAGAUCUUUGCCUUUCUACAGGAGGAACAGAUACCAUUCUCGGUGAUCAUCAACAAAAUUGAUCGCUACCGCGAUGACCGAAAUGCUCUUCAGCACCAUGUAGAAAAAUUAUGGAAGCUUUUUGGUAGUGCCGAAGUUCCUGUCCUGGGUACAAGAGCGAGCCCGAAAUAUCCAGAGCGUUGUCUUAACUUAAAUGCUUUGCAACAUGACAUUACUUACUACUGCACACAGGAGCUCAGCCAGCUAAAUGAUUUGACGUAUAAGAACCUCAAGGAACUUAGUUACGCGCCUCCAACCGUGGAGGAGAUGAAUGCAGUGGAGCGUCGGUACCCACUGGAGUCCUUCAUUCUGCCACAAGAGAACAAUUUGUCAUUGGAACGUUUUGUUGCGAGGCAUGAAGAGGCAAAGGCGCGGUGCCUGUCGAAGUUGCCCAAGGCGGCAUUGCUCUCCUCUAGAGACGAAGCUGUGAAUUGUCUCUUGAGCUCCAACGACCAAGAAGACAAUCUUAUUGAGAAUGACAACACCCUUGGUAGGGCGUCUCAAACGCAACCGUUACUAGAGGAGGCCACACCAGUUGCACACCCUUCAGCUACGCCAAUAACAGCAAUUGAGGCAACUGAAACUCCUACUUCUGACUCUACUACUACUACUGCUACGUUCGUGGAAGCACCGGUACGAUUCCACGUUCGUGCGUCACUCCGAGCUGCGUUGGGGCGCCACUCUAAUGAGAGCAACGAUGACGACAAGCUCCGCUGGGAUAAGGCUGAGGUGCCGGUGACGUCCUUCUCCACAGAUUCUAGCUCGUCCUUUAUAUCGAAUACCGGUAAGGAGAUGGCGCCGUCUCUCUUUAGAGAAGGGUCUGCACCGCCAGUCCGUGCACCAAUAGCACCACAGCUUCCUCCAAGUAUGGAUCGUGAUACCCAGACUGUGCGGGCCAUCAAUGGUGUGCAUAUCCCUAAGAGCAUGAUAACCGUAUCAGUGUCUCAACUACCCGCGAGCCAAAAGGAUUCCUUUGAGUAUUUCGCACAGCAUUCAGGUACCGAAGGUUAUGAACAGUUUCUAACUGCGGAGGCAGAGGGACAGCAUACAUUUCUGGAGGAGGGAAAGCAUGCAUGCUUCACUGACAGUGAGAUGUUAACACUGCAGCGCCCGUUGAAAAAGAGCGAGCGCAGGAAACGCUUGGACCGGGUGCUGGAGAAGUACCUCUCGCGUGUGCGCAAAGACCGAUCUCUCUACAUGCAAGCAGAGGGCUACAUGUGCCCGUGGUUGGCGGGUGCGGGACAGCCGUCGCGGGUGGCUGUUAUGGGGCUUGCUCCUGGCCAAUUCUCCAUUGGUCGCGGCGGGGGAUUGAUGAAAGGACUGAAACGCACAGGCUUCGGCGGCAAGAGUUACUCGGCGGACACCAUGAAGAAUCGUGGGCGCGCAACGAAGAAAACGGGUUACUGGGCGGCAUAA